CGUUUCGGAAAUUCCAAUGACGAAGAAGCAAUCUCAGCCUUCGAAGAGACAAAUUGAAGAAGAUCCAUCAACGGAGGUGGAGGUGAAACGUGCCAAGAUGGAGAAUGGAACAGAGACGGAGAACAAACCGAUUUUUCAGAGGAUAAAAAGUUUCGUUCCCAAAUUUGUCUCUUUCGUUUCGGAAAUCUACUUACCGGAAUCUUCCACUCACGACGAAGAAGAAGAAGAAGAAGAAGAAAAAGAUUUAGUCUCCGAAUCCGAGACUCACUCUAGUGAGUCUGACUCUGAAAUUGAGCCAGCUGCGACCAAAACAACUCCUCUUGCUGCUAUGGCGAAGAAUCCAAUGUUUCAGAGAUUGUGGAGUGAAAAAGACGAGAUCAUGUUACUUGAAGGGAUGAUUGACUUCUGUAGGGAUACAUGUACGAGUGUUUAUGAUGACAUGAAUGGGUUUUUUGAAAAGCAUAAGGAUUCAAUUAGUUUUGACGUGAAGAGUGUGAAUCAAUUCGUGAAGAAAAUUUGGUCUUUGAAGAACAAGUAUUUCCUGAAAAUGAGAAGUCGUGUCUCUACUAACAUUCAUGUAAAUUGAUCUGUGUACAAAAAGGAUUCUAAUAGAGUGGUAGUGUUGAU